AUGGAUGCAGCCACAUUCGCGGCGGAGUUCACUAGCACGGUUGAGGCCGGGAGGUUGUUCAAGGCUUUGAUCCUUGAUGCACCAAACCUCAUCCCCAAGCUUUUGCCGGCGAUUAAGAAUAUUCAACUUGUUGAAGGCACUGGAGGACCCGGAAGCAUUCAAGAAAUAACCAUUGUUGAAGGUACUAACAUCAAACAUGUGAAGCAUAGAAUUGAUGGAGUAGACGAAGAGAAUUUGAUAUAUAAUUAUUCAGUGAUCGAUGGCGAUGGUAAGCCGGAAAUUCUCGAAUUGGUUUCACAUGAGGUGAAGAUUGAACCAAGUAAAGAGGGUGGUUGCAAGAUCAAGAAUGUUAGCAAGUAUCAUCCCAAAAAAGGAGUUGAGAUCAAAGAAGAGGAUUUGAAGGCUGUUAGGGAGGAAGAGUUGGUUGUUCUCAAGGUAGUUGAUGCAUAUCUUGUUGCAAACCCUGAAGCCUAUGCUUGA